UGAGUAUGUGUCUUUAUGGUAAUGUCCUUAUUUUCCUCUGAGUAGUUCAGUGUUACCGAGAAUAGAAGCCAGCAGAGUAAUAAAAGCAACCAAAACGCCACAUAGCGAAGCAACAUACACAUUUUCGAGAAAACAAAAGAGGGAGAGAAGAUGAAACUCAGUGUUUUCACUGAUAUUCUUUGCUUCUCCAUUCUCUAAAUCAAAUUCAGCAUUUUUUGUUUUGUUUUUGUUUUUGGGGUUUGUUUAAAGUUCAAGCUUUAGGCUCUGAUCCAUUGGAUUUCAUCACAUGGCAAAACCUGGGGUGUUGGAAUCUGAUCCAGGGGUGAUGGUGAAGAAAACCUUAGAGUUGAAGAAGGAACUGCAGAGGCUGGUGAAGUCCAUUGUUGAUGAUGAAGAUUGCAGCACUGAAACCAUUGAUCAAGCCAAGGAAACUCUUUGUGUUCUCAAGGAGUUGAAGUUGAGACAGAGUUCAUCACUGUCUUUGAAGCUGCAUAAGACUGUGACUUGCCCAGAUGAAUUCAAAUGUCCACUUUCCAUGGAUUUGAUGAGAGAUCCUGUCAUUGUGGCUUCUGGUCAGACAUAUGAUAAACCUUUCAUUCAAAAAUGGCUGAAUGCUGGAAAUAGGACUUGCCCUCAAACUCAUCAAGUCCUCUCACACACUGUCCUUACUCCAAAUCACCUAAUAAGGGAAAUGAUAGAAAAAUGGUCUAAAAACCAAGGUACUGAAUUGUCCAACACUGAUCACUAUAUUAAUGAGGAAGGCAUAAAUGAAGCAGAUAGUGACCAUUUUCUUUGUCUACUUAAGAAAAUGUCUUCAGCACUUUCUGAUCAGAAAGCAGCUGCAAAAGAACUCCGGUUGUUGACAAAGAAGCAUCCUUGUUUCCGCGCACUUUUUUGUGAUUCUGUAGAUGCCAUUCCCCAAUUGCUUAAGCCAGUUUGUGGGAGUGAUUCUUUUAGUAGCAUUCACCCUGAUCUACAAGAAGAUGUAAUCACAACACUCCUCAAUAUCUCAAUUCAUGACAGCAACAAGAAGCUAGUAGCUGAAACUCCAAUGGUUAUUCCACUCCUUAUGAAAGCAUUAGGAUCCGGAACAAUCGAAACAAGAAGCAAUGCUGCUGCAACCCUUUUCACUUUGUCAGCUCUAGACUCAAACAAGGAACUUAUAGGGAAAUCUGGUGCCUUGAAGUCAUUAUUUGACCUUUUGGAAGAAGGGCAUCCCUUAGCCAUGAAGGAUGUUGCUUCAGCAAUUUUUACCUUAUGUGUCAUGCAUGAGAACAAGGCAAGAGCAGUUAAGGAUGGUGCAGUGAGGGUGAUUUUGACAAAGAUAAAGAACCGAAUUCAUGUUGAUGAAUUACUAGCCAUCCUUGCAUUGCUUUCAACUCACCAAAAGGCUAUUCAGGACAUGGGAGAACUUGGUGCUGUUCCUAGCUUGCUAAGCAUUAUCAAAGAAAGUUCAUGUGAACGCAACAAGGAGAAUUGCAUAGCAAUCCUUCAAACUAUUUGUCUGUAUGAUAGAUCAAAGUUGAAGGAAAUAAAGGAAGAGGAGAACACCAACAGAACAAUCUCUGAGCUUGCACAGAAUGGAACUUCAAGGGCUAAGAGGAAAGCUAGUGGAAUUCUUGAGAGACUUAACAGGGUUGUUAAUAUCACACACACUGCAUAAUGUCCCUUGAUUCUUAUCUCAAGGUACAUUAUAUCGUAUAUUCUGCAUCUGUUUCCAGACAUUUAAGCUUUUGAAAGUUAAAAUCAGUUAGAAAUCUGUCUCAUCACCAAUUUUGUACAUUCUUUUUUCUCUCUCAACAUAGUAGUCAUUCUCAUGUUCAUCAGUUAGUGACUGAAUAAAGUGAAGCGAUGUUCUCUUUGCCUCCAAAUUGUUGAAAAACUUCUACACAAGGAUA